AAGCAGGAUGUGGACGAUGACACCGAGGAGCUGGAGAUCGCGGUGGACAACACGGCGUUCAUGGACGAGUUCUUCGCGGAGAUCGAGGAGACCCGGCAGAACAUCGACAAGAUCUCAGAGAACGUGGAGGAGGCCAAGAAGCUCUACAGCAUCAUCCUCUCGGCCCCCAUCCCCGAGCAGAAGACCAAAGACGACCUGGAGCAGCUGACGGCGGAGAUCAAGAAAAUGGCCAACAGCGUCCGCAACAAGCUGAAGAGCAUGGAGAGGAACAUCGAGCAGGACGAGGCGCGGUCCUCUGCCGACCUCCGCAUCCGCAAGUCCCAGCACUCGGUCCUGUCCCGCAAGUUCGUGGACGUGAUGACCAGGUACAACGAGGCGCAGGUGGACUUCCGGGAGCGCAGCAAGGGCCGGAUCCAGCGG